CCCCCUGCCUGCCCACCUACCCCCACCGCGGUGCGCGCGAAACCCUCUCUUUCCCGGGGCGGGGGUGAAGAAGGGUAGGUAAGGUUGGAGUGGAGUCUGCUGGCAGAGGGCAUGGCUGGCUGGCUGACCAGCUGGUGUCCUGAGCAGGAGCCCUUCCCGCAGCCUCUCCUCCUCCUCCCCUACGGCAGCAGCUUUCGCUCUUAUGAAUGGCUCAGCCGCGGCAGCCCAGUAGGGAAUGGAAUGGAGUCUCCUGGCAGAGGGUCUGGCUGACAAAUCGGCGUCCUGUAGAUGAGCCCUCCCCGUCCUCCCGCGGCGGGAGCUUCGCCUCUCGUUCAAGGGCCAGCCACAGCAGCCCAGCCCUCUACGUACUCCUUGGACUCCCGUUGCAGUUGGCGCACAGGCUUUCUUGGGAGUAAGCUUCACUGAGCUCCACGGGGUGGCCUUCCCAGGAAGGCUGCUUAGGGCACGUAGGACUGCAGGCGGCGCGGAGCCGAGGGGGUUAGUAGACCUGGCAUACGGUGUUUAGGGCGGCGGAGAGAGGGACGGGGAAUCGGGGAGGGGGGACCAACGUGCCCCUUUGCAAGCUUUUUGGUCGGUAAGCCACCACGCCCCUCCUUCCCCAUCUCCGGCCUCUCACUGGGAUACGGGUUUGCGGAGACAACCCCCUGAACACCUCCGUGGCGGAAAUCAAUCGCUCAUCACCGGCAUGGAGGUCCCCCCCCCCCGCCGCCGCCGCCGCCGCCACAAGAAGAAACGCUUGAAGACUCUCCCUCUGUUCCUUGCAGGGCGAGGACAGAAUUGCUUUGGCCAUGGCUGCUUCUCUCCCUCACCCUCAGGUUUGCCCUCGUCUGCAGUCUGGCCUACUCCUCCCUUUCAGAAACCGGCCCCCUGCUCACUGAUGUUGCCCCUCUACUUUGAUCCUUUCAUCUUGUUCUCUUGCAUCUCUCUUCAUACACACCCUGCUGGCUGCUUUGGUCUCAUGUCCAUUUAAUGCUGUUGCAAUCAGAAAAAUGGGGGGGGCGUUCAAGCCCUCUUUUCUCUCUUUCCCUGCCUGCCCCCAGCUGAGACUCCCUCCACUCCCUUGCUUUGUUUCCGGCAUGUGCGCUGCUUCAGCUUCUCUACCUGGCCCCUUGUAGGGCUGCUGCAGCAUGCCAUAAUUUCCCACACUGCCAUCCCUUCCUGCUCUAGAGAUCUGUGCUUGGCUUUGCUGGUUUCUCUGGAUGGGGAUGAUAGAUCAAGGAAAGGCUGCAACCCAUGAGGGCUUUCCUGUGGUGGUGCUGAGUGCUGGGCAGGAAGGAAGGACUCUUGGCCCAGGAGUGGCUGGCAGCCCACAUGCAGUCAAAAGAGCACUUUUUCAGGGGGUUGAAGUAGGGAUGAAAAUAAUCCUUGUUCGGGAAUGACAGGUGGGCUCCUUUGCAGAGUGAAGAGAAAUAUGAGGGCUCAGGCAGCCUUCACCCUGCAAAACAGGCAACUUGUUUUGUGUAUAAAAGUUCUAUCAGGAGAAUUUGCUUUUUGCCCCCUGAGAAAGCGUGGUACCACAGAUCAGGAUAGUCUUUGUGGUACCCUCUGGAUGCUAUUGGAUUACAGCUCCCAUCAGCCCCACUCAAUGUGGUCAGCGUUCAGGGACGACUAUCGUUGGAUCUGGCGGGAACCUGGCUAUGCCCACCUCUGCCAUUGCAAACCAUUAUCUCUGCUUAUUAGUGAGCAUGGCUACAGUGCUAUAGAGUUUUUGAAGCACUUCACCAUCAUUAUCUAAACAUGAUUAGCUACAGCUACUAUCUCAAUGUGGCUUAUGUGGGAGCUGAGUAUGAAGGAAAAAAAGAUUGGCAGUGGCCAUUGUAGGAGAUGAGAUAUUGGGGGGGGGCUUCCACUAUACUUGCUCCUCUCAAAUGAGAAUAAUGGCACUUGUGUUCCAUGAUGCAGAAAAAGAUGGUGCAGCGCUUUGGCACCUUAACAGCUCCUUGCUUUCUGCUGUGGCUCCACUUGACAGCUGUGGGGGAAGUUCACAGGUCUGCCGCUGGCUAAAAUGUUGAGGUGGGACAAAGUUUUCCCAGUCCUCUGACUCUGGUGUCAUCAGUAGCUGGAGCAGGGGUGUAACCCUCACCUCUGCUCUGUCUCUGUCUCCAGAAGUCUAUGUAAGCAAGUUCCCUUAAUGAGAGAAAGCUAUAGGAAUUCUACUAGCAGCUACUCGAAUAAGAUUUUUUGGGGGAAUAUAUGGCAAUUUGAUGCUCAUGUCCAAGAACUUGAGAUAUCUUUGACCUAGGACUUGAAAAAGCUUUCCAGCCCCAGAGGGUCACUGUGUAGCUUUUUCACAGGUCUUCAGCAUGUGGAGAACUAUGUCUUCUUAGGUCUUCUGAUCUCUCUCUUUCUCUCCUUGUAACAUUUGUUUUUAAUUGCAAAUAUACAUAUUGAGCACAAAUAGAGUAAGCCUUUCUCCUCUGUAGGCAUACUUUGCCUCCGAUUCCAUUGUGUGAUUUUGGACAAGCUUGCCUUAUAGAACAGGCCCAGAGUUCAGAGCUUGCUCUCAUUGUGAGGACCACACACUCUUCCCUUUUCAACCUGAAGCUUCUCUGAGCUGCUUCUCUGCUCAGUUCUUCCUUUUUCUUGUCACGUUGAUAAUGCUGCAACUUAAGGUGUGGUUUUAUAGUAAGGUGCAAUCCACCACUUCAGAUGGAGAGAAAGGUUGAGAGACUAGGCUUCAUUUUACAGUCCUCUUUGCAGGUAGUAGCACGGUUGUGUCUGCUGGCUUGCAGACCCAGCCAUAGCAUUGUAGGAAAGUCAGGUACAGUGGUGCCUUGACUUACGAAUUUAAUCCGUUCCGAAGGCACCUUCGUAGUUUGAAAAAUUCGUAAGUCGAAAAGCGCCAUUGGAAACGCAAUUUCCCAUAGGAAUGCAUUGGAAACAGAACAAUUCGUAAGUCGAAGCAACCCCAUCUAAAAAUUCGUAAGUAAAAAAAAACCUAUCUAAAACCGCUGCAGUUUCCGUUUGGAUGUUGAGAAAUUCGUAAGCAUGCGGCCAUUUGCCCCAUUCGCAAGUCGAAAAAUUCGGUUGUCGAGUCAUUCGGAAGUCGAGGUACCACUGUAAUGAUACCCAUGGUGGUGAUCUGUAGAAAUCAUUGGCAUUCCGGUCACCAUACACAGAAUCUGUGUAGCUUAUAAAUCUUGACAACUUUUUUUUUAAAAAAACUCUCUGAUUUCUGAUAGCUUCUAUGACACUUGGAUAUGCUCUGUAAUUCUGAUGGGAAGCUGGGGGGCAGGCAGUGAGAGGAGCUGAUUUAUGGGCAUAAUGAAUACAUCUGAUAUCGUGUGCUUGAGGUCGUUACGGAGGAGUUAGUCAGGUAUAGAGCUAAAAUCUUAGCUGUCAGAGAUGAAAAACUUGGCUUCCUGUGUCUUCAUGUGCAUGAAUGAGAAUGAGAAAAUGAAAGGCAGGCCAUGUAAAUACAUCCUGUGGUUUGCUUCUGGUUAUGUGUUAGUUCACGGGCAGGCUGCAUAGCACUUAACCUGAUGUGCUUUUGUGGGGUCUAUGUGGCAUUCUGAGCGUUCUGGUCUUCCUUUUUAACAUGAUUCUAGCCCUGAUUGCAGCGCUACAUCCCAAAAGUAAAAAGCUGUAGAAGCAUUAUUGUUUAUUAAAUUUGUUAGUUGCUUUUUUUUUGCCACAGCAACUCAAAAUGACUUAGAACAUUUUAAGCAAAAAAACAAAAACACAGGUUAAAACCAGCAAAGAAAAAUCUCUACAUUAGCCCCACCCGUGCAAAAAGCCAUAGAUAAUUAGAAGCCAAAGGCCUGGAUAAAAAGGAAUGCUUUUGCCUGUCACAGGAAGAUUUGUAGUGAUGGCACCAGGCAACCCUUCUCUGUAAAAUACAAUCAAUCAGAGCCCAAAGUAACAGAGUCAAAGUGUGCGUUUGCACACAUGCACAUAUAUUUGAUUUUGAUCUCUAAAUCCAUAUAGCAAGAUAUUUUUCCAAGGCUGGUUCACAUUUGUCAUGGGUAUCAUUUUUCAAAUAAAUGCAGUGUUUUUGCCAAUGGCUGUUGGUCUUCUGAUCUGUUUAGAUAGAUGAAGCUGCUUUAUGCUGGCUCAUCAAGCCUACUACUGUCUAGUCUGAUGACAAGGAAUGUGGAGACCUCCAGAUGGUGUUGGGCUCAAGCUCGUAUCGGCCCCAGCUAGCACAGCCAGUAGUCCAGUAUGAUGGGGGUUAUAGUCCCACAAUAUCUGGAGGGCACCAUGUUGGUUGUUCCAUCUGGCAUGCAGCUCUGUGGUUUCUUUCCUUCCUACGGUAGCCUUCUAAUCGAAGGUGCUAACUAAAGAUUGAACCUGGGACUUGCAUGCAAAGCAUGGACUCUGGCAUUGAGCUGUGGUUCUCCCCCACGGACAUGACAAGCAUAGCUGGUGUACUUCUAUUUCAGUGCAUUAGCUCCACAGGGGGUCCAGGCCUUUUCUGUGUUGGCUCCGCUUGUGGAAUGCUCUCCCCAGGGAGGCUCACCUGGCACCAUGGUUUCAUAUCUUUAGGUGCCACCCAAAAACAUUCCUCUGUUAAUGAUCUAUGGCCUCUUAAAGUUGUGUGUGUUAAUAUAUUUUCUCCUUUGUUUUAAUUGUAUGCAUGUGAUUUUUGUUUUGUUUUGUUUUUGUAAAUCACUUUGAGUUUCUAGUAGCAAGAAAAAGGGACAAAUACAUUUUCUUAAUAAUAACAAUAAUUAUAGCUCCUCAAUGAGAAACUUUGGUGACUGAUAGCACAGAAACCUGUCCUUCUUGAAACAGGUGCCUGACCCAGGACGGGUGUGCACAGGUCAGUGGUUCUGUUUGGGCUGCAAUUAAUUUGCUCUAGGAGAGGCAGCAACCAGAUUAAUCAAUGCCUCCUGUGGUUCCCCACCCCCACCCCACAGACCACUUGAAAAGUGAUGCAGGUCUUGGCGGACCACGUGAUGUUUCUGCCUAUUGUAGUAAUUGUAAUAUGCUGUGCUAGACACUGGGUUUUUGGUUUUUUUGCAUUGCUUCUUUUACUUCUCAUAUUUGGGUUUUAUUGUAUUGCAAUUUGAAUUCAAAUUUUAAGAUAGUAAAACACAGCGUAAGAAAUAAGCAAUGCAAAUACGAUUAAAAACAAAUAAGAAUAUUGAAUGUGAUGGAUUGCCACUAUCCUGUUUUCAGCCACAAAUCCACAGGCGCACCUCAGACCACCUGACAGGGCUCAGAGAUCACUGGUGGUCCACAGACCACAUUUUGGGAACCCUUGAUGUAUCUGUUCUUCAGGAAUCCCCAAGUAGCAAAGCUAAGGAAAUCUAGGUGCACAAGUUGGGCCCGGAACAAUUUAACUUCACAUAACUUCAGACCCCCUUUUUUCCGGGCCUGGGGUCCUUUGUCAUGGACAAGCAGUUGUGUCCCCUCACUCGUGCUUGGAAAGGUCUGUUUGCUCCAUAUGCCUGGGUCUUCCACAUUGCUUUCUGCCUGUCAUCUGGCCCACAGAGACCACGUUUUUCUCUGAGGAUUGGUUUUUCAGUGAGUUUCUCCUCUAAAGUUCCACAUGAGGCUACAGAGCGGAAAGGAAACGUUUCCUGGCCCCAUCCUUCAACCAAGAGGCCAAGGGCUGUUUGGGGGGUUGUGCUUGCUGUUGGAAUCUUUUGUAAGUCAUCUUGAGACGAAUUCAAUCGAAAGGCAAGUUAUAAAUAAAACAACAAGGGACUUCUGAAAAGAAGGCCUUCCCUCCCUUUCAAACUCUUAUUGGUUGAAGUGCCCAUUUAAAACUGGCUUCUGGCUCAGGGGCUGAAGGUUUUGGAAGAGUGCAGCUGUUAGGUAUCAUGACCAGGCUGGCUUACUAUUCUCGAGUGCCAUGGCCUUCCUCCACUCGCCCCAAUCUCCUUAUCCGUAUGACCAAAUGUGGGCAAGCUUUGUGGCUUGCUCUGAGCUAAACUUGCCAAACCCACAUAGCUGGCAUACCUUCGGCUAGUGAACGGCGCUAAAAUAAGUUUGACCAGCAAACGGCCCACUGGGUUGCUGAUGUCCCAAGGAAAACAGAGUUUUUGCCUUUGAACAACAACUGGGGCAUGCGUAAAUAUUAUUUUGGGGAGACAUUCUGCAAAUUUUCUGGAAAAAAUACAUUUAUUUCUCCCCCUCCCAGCUGCUCUAAAUCUAUGGAAAUCUGAUUUAGCAUGUUUGUUUGCCUAAUACUGCAAUUCUAACAAUGUCUGCUGGGGCUUACUCCCAGAACUCAGAAUGAACCAGCGAGUGUCUGACAGAGGGGGCGGGGAAACGUCCACCAAGGCUUUCUGCCCAGGAAUUUCCAGCAGCAACACCAAGCGGGCAGGACCUUUCAUUCUCGGGCCUCGCUUGGGCAACUCCCCAGUGCCGAGCAUCGUCCAGUGUUUGGCAAGGAAGGAUGGGACAGAUGACUUUUACCAGCUCAAGAUCCUCACCUUGGAGGACAGGAAUGACAAAGGCACGGAAACCCAGGAGGAGCGCCAGGGAAAGAUGCUGCUCCACACAGAGUACUCGCUUCUCUCCCUCCUGCACAACCAGGACGGGGUGGUCCACCACCACGGCCUUUUCCAGGACCGAGCCUGUGAGCAUGUGGAAGACCUGGAAUCCAACCGGAUGGUGCGUAAGAUGAAGAAGCGCAUCUGUCUGGUGCUGGACUGCCUCUGCGCCCAUGACUUCAGCGACAAGACAGCCGACCUCAUCAACCUGCAGCACUAUGUCAUCAAGGAGAAGCGCCUCAGCGAACGGGAGACCGUCGUGAUUUUCUACGACGUUGUGCGGGUAGUGGAAGCCUUGCACAAGAAGAACAUUGUGCACAGAGACUUGAAGUUGGGGAACAUGGUACUGAACAAAAGGACCCACCGAAUCACCAUCACAAACUUCUGCCUGGGGAAGCACUUGGUGAGUGAAGAUGACCUCCUGAAGGACCAGCGUGGGAGCCCCGCCUACAUCAGCCCUGACGUCCUCAGUGGCCGGCCGUAUCGUGGGAAGCCCAGCGACAUGUGGGCCCUGGGCGUGGUCCUCUUCACCAUGCUGUACGGGCAGUUCCCCUUCUACGACAGCAUCCCCCAGGAGCUCUUCCGCAAGAUCAAGGCUGCUGAAUACACCAUCCCCGAAGAUGGGCGGGUGUCGGAAAACACUGUGUGCUUGAUCCGAAAGCUGCUCGUCUUGGACCCUCAGCAGCGUCUGACAGCCUCCGAGGUGCUCGACUCCCUCAGUUCCAUCAUUGCUUCCUGGCAGUCCAUGUCCCUGCUGAGCGGGCCCUUGCAAGUGGUGCCUGACAUAGAUGACCAGGUGGCCAAUCCAGAAAGCGCACACGAGGCGAAGGUGACGGAAGAGUGUUCGCAGUACGAGUUUGAGAACUACAUGAGGCAGCAGCUGCUGCUGGCCGAGGAGAAGAACACGCUCCACGAGGCUAAGAGCUUCCUCCAAAAGCGGCAGUUUGGGAACAUCCCUCCGGUGCGGCGCCUGGGCCACGACGCCCAGCCAAUGAACCCCUUGGACGCGGCCAUCCUUGCACAGCGCUACCUUCGGAAGUAGCUCCUCCCACCCCACCAUGGGUCUCUUGCCCCUGACGGGGCGUGCGACAGCGACAGCCAGGUCCCAGGAUCCCUCACAAUGUAGCAGUCUUCCCCUGUGUGCUGAGUGCUCAAUGGGCCUCACCUGCUGGGCUUUGCCCCCCAACCCUGGAGGGGGCAGCAAGGGAAAGACCCCAACUGUCUGGGGAAACGGCUGGCGGAUUUUAACUCCACACCUAGACAGCUAAUCUGCUUUUAAUCAUGACUCUGAAAUCUACCUCUCUGCCUCUUUUUAACCACACUGUUCUCUGGACUGAAAUGAGGAGCGGUUUUUUUUGGCAAAGUUUGCCCCCGCAGGCUUCUUUUCUGACGCAGACGUUGGACUGCUGCGGAGACCACGUGGGCCGUUCUUUGCUCUGUCUGGUUUGAAUAAGCUUAAUCAUUUCCCUCUCCUUUCUUCCCUCCCCCCUGGUGGGUUUCAUGAAAGUAACUAUUUCUUAAACCCCCUCCCCCAUACCCUUUGUUCUAUUUUUAAUUUAACACCUGGUUUGAAUAUAUUUUGUGUAAACGUUGGUUUCGGGCCCUCUGCGUGACCACAGGCUUAGCAAAUGGGUUGCCUCCACUACGAGCUUCUCUCCACGUGAGAAAGCCUCGCUCUGCAGAUUCUGACCUGGGGAAAGAGUUCCAAACCAGGGGCUGUUUAAAAAAAAAAUGUAGCUUUUCUGAGGGCCCAAUCCUCCCUUUCCCAAUCACUUUAAUUAUUUGGGGAUAUCCCGGGAGGGUUUUUGUUUUGUUCUGUUUUCCUUCCUUUUUAAAUGGUAGCUUUUGAAAGGUGCAGUAACGUUGCAUUAAUUCUGUUGACAUUUCUCCCUGCCUCCUCCUCACCCACACUGGUACGGCUGAAGGGAUAAAUCUGUGAAAAAUGUGAAAAGGGUUCGCUUGCUUCGUUUUUGUUUUGUCCCCCACCCCCACCCCCGGCUGUCUCAGGUUCAGAAAUGCCUGCUGGUCUCCACUCCUUUAUGUGCUCUUUGCUUUGUCUUGCCAUUGCCAUCUUGUCACAGGCAAUUCCCCCACCAUGGCAUUUAUUAUUAUUAUUAUUUGCGGGGUGGGUGGGCAGGAGUGUUCCCCUGAUGCUGUGCAAACAGCAGGUCUUGGUGGGACUGGGCUGGAUCAUUUCUGAGCCUCGUUUGUUGGAACUGGAUGCCUCUCUUGCCAGAUAAGCUCUUCUCAAGCAACCCUCCCCUAGGCUGUGCUGCCCCAUUUCCACUCCCUUCCCAUUUCCGGUCAGCCUUCAUCACCCUUUCGAAAAUUGUCUCAAAACGUGUCCCCUCUCCACCCACCCUGUUGAACCAUUGGGUGCCAGCAGAAGCAGGGUUGCAGUAUCCAGGAAGCAACACUGACCUGAGGGAAGUUGGCUCAAGACCUCUGCAGUCUGGCUGGAGUGGGGCUGUUGGAUGGCCCUGAGAUGAAUGAACAAAGUCCUCACCAGCCGAGGACAACGGCCUCCCUUAGUGUGAAUGGGCUUACAUGGUGCAAAGAGGAGGACUAGCGAAGGUUGUAGAUCCUGAAAUCGGACUUCAGCACAAGGAAUUCUUUUCUACUGACGAGAACUGCAAAAGAAUUCUGCAAAUCUUGUUUAAAAAAAGAAAGAAGAAGAAAACCAACCAAGUGUAAACUUCCUUGCAGAACCUCUGUGCCUGAUCUACAAUCCCCUCCCCUCCCCUCCGUGGGGCAGACUCUCCUUUGGUUGUUCUCUUGCUUUCUCAUCGUUGCUAAGUUGGGAAACAGGGAUGGAGUUAGGAAAACCCAGGAACAGUUUAUUUUGCUCUCUCGCUAGGGGUGGAUGGUAAGCAACCCCUCAAAGGUCACCAGCCCCCCAUGCACUCUGGCCAAGAUACACAGCAUAAACCUGUCUAUAAGGCAUUAGCUCUGUGGAUCAAGCCAAAACUGGAUCGGUGAACGCUAACAAGCUUAAUGGCAUCCCUUGCUUGGCCCAGAUGGGGGCAGUAAAUUUGGGCUCCCAUUUCACAGCCCCUUCUGUGGGCCAAACCUCUCCAGGUGAGCCAGUUUCUGUAGCCCCCUGGAUCUGGUGUUCCAGGGCCCAGCCUCCCUGGUAGCUUUUGGGACUGUUGCUUGCAACACCAUCAUAGCCCACAAGAUGGAGGAAUCCCUCAGUCUGGGGGUAAGAUAUUUUCCCCACUCCAAAAACUGAGUUGCCCAUCUUGUCAUCUGGAAGCACAUGCGAGGUGUCCUGCUUGAGCGGGGCCUGCACACCUCCAAAAUGAACUAUUCUGCUGAAGACAGACCCACUGAUUUCCCCUUAGCAGUUCCUCUCAGUCCCACCUACAGCUUUCUAUGGGGCUCUAGUCCCAGCUGACGUGUUUUCUUAGCAGUAUUGGAAGGUGGGGCACAGCCAGCAGAAAGUGUAGGAUGACAGGCAAGGUGUGGGCCAGCUUUCGCGAUACUUUCUAGUCCACUUCCCAAGCAGGAGGUUUCUGUGGACUUCUCCUCUGCCUGGAAUAUUUCCUGUGUCAGUAGCAAUAGAAAACCCCCUGGGCAGGGCCAGCUCUUCCUUCCCUUCUCAGAAUUCAGGCAGGGAAGCCUCUGCUCCCUCUGCUUCCUCUCUCUCUCUCUCCUCCCCUUCACCAGUACUGACCAUCUUCCCCAGCAGAGCUGGCUGUGUGUUUUGCAUUGGGACUCUCUCCAUCCUCAAAAAAACAUAGCAAUACUCGACAGGCUGUCAAGCUGUGUGCUCCGCCCAACUCUGGGCAUGGUGAUGAAAAG